UCAACUAACUAUAUUGAAUCACUUCAUAUUAUAUUUAACAUCCAAUUCUUCUCCCUUUCUCCGCAGCAAUCAAACAACGAUUCUACCAAGCUAAAUCGCAAGGAAUCAUACAAAGCACAACGAAAAAACUACCGCCGAGAAAAGAAACGAGUCGCAUCGGAACUGUUGAACUCGCUUCAAGAUCCGGCUGUCAUUGUCCUAGCAGACUGGUUGAAGAUCAGAGGAACCCUCAAAUCCUGGACCAAGCUAUGGUGCGUCCUGAAGCCAGGUCUCCUGUUCAUCUACAAAAGUCCGAAAACCAAAAGUAGUCACUGGGUGGGAACCGUUCUGCUAACGUCGUGCCAGGUGAUCGAACGGCCCAGCAAGAAGGAUGGCUUCUGCUUCAAACUGUUCCACCCGAUGGAUCAAACGAUAUGGGCCCCACGGGGCCCGGAUAAAGAGACUAUGGGUGCCGUCGUUCAACCGCUGCCCACAUCGUACCUCAUCUUCCGAGCUCCCAGCCAGGCAGCCGGAAAGUGCUGGAUGGAUGCACUGGAACUGUCCCUGAGGUGUUCAGCCCUAUUGGUACGUUCCGUACCGGUCAUUGACACAAGCAGCAUGGAAGGAGCCACCAGCACUCACGAGACGCAGUGGUCCGAAGCGGACUACGAGAAGCACUUUGACGAGCAUGUCCCCAAAUUGAAAGAGCACCUGACCUACCUAAUGAAGUACCUUCCGCCAUCCCCGCCGGACAAAAACAACCUCCAAGUAGAAACCAUAGAAAAGUCCUUCCGCCGUAGUCCUUGUCCCUCGCCGACUCCGAUCUUUCAGCAGCUGUACCUGGCGGUGGCUCACUGGGAGCGGUACUUGCGCGAUUCGCCCGACUUUCUCCGCUAUCUGUCGACGGAGAGUGGCGUUGAACAGCAGUCCGGAUCUCUGUCCCCGGCGGGCAUCGAUGACGAUGUGUUCGACGAAAACGGAGGUUUUCCGUCGUACGAGCGAAGACGCGGUUCACUGCAGGUCGGGUUCUCUCCAGGACAUGACGCCGAUGAGCAGCGUGCACGUCGCCGAAGCAGUCCAGCCGAGUUCAACAAGGAAUGUGGAACCUCUGGCAUCACGAUUCGGAUUUCCGACGAUAAAUAUUUGGACAUCGACAGUCAACCGGAUCAGGGAACGCUGGUCAUGUCAGCCGGGGAAUCCGACUCGGAGUCGGACAUGGGUGAAGGCAUGGAAGUGGAAGAGUUUCCGGAGACGCCCUACGUACACUCGCCCGAAGAGGAGUUUGGAGCGGCCGGCGAACAGGUGGAAGAACUUCCCGAGGAGCAUAAGAGCUUGAUAUGGUUUCUGGUCAAGCAGGUUCGCCCGGGUAUGGAUCUGAGCAAGGUGGUGCUGCCUACGUUCAUUCUGGAACCGCGGUCUUUCCUGGACAAACUUGCCGAUUCGUACUAUCACGCGGAUAUCCUGUCAAAAGCCGUUAUGGAAGACGACCCGUUCACCCGCAUGAAAACGGUAGUGCAGUGGUACCUGUCCGGGUUCUACAAAAAGCCCAAGGGUCUCAAGAAGCCCUACAAUCCGAUACUGGGCGAAACGUUCCGCUGCUACUGGCAGCACGAGAAUGGCAGCCGGACGUUCUACAUCGCCGAACAGGUGUCCCACCAUCCGCCGAUUUCGGUAUUCUACGUCACCAAUCGGCAGGAUGGAUUCUGCAUCAGUUGCAGCAUUCUGGCCAAGUCGAAAUUCUACGGCAACAGUACUUCGGCGAUACUGGAGGGUGUGGCCACGUUGACUCUGCUGCCGCGGGGCGAGAGUUAUACGUUGACGGUGCCGUACGCUCAUUGCAAGGGGAUAUUGAUGGGGACGCUGUCGAUGGAACUGGGAGGUAAGGUCUCUGUCGAGUGUGAAAAUACGGGCUACAAAACGGAACUGGAGUUCAAGUUGAAACCGUUCCUGGGAGGCAACGAGUACACCAACUUGAUCACCGGUAAGCUCAAGCUGGGCAAGGAAACUCUGGCCACCAUCAACGGCCACUGGGACGGGGAGAUUAGGAUUAAGGAUUCGCGCACCAAUGAGGAAUCGGUGCUGUUCAAUCCGUCGACGGAUAUCCGUGCGAAACGGUUGAAGCGCUUCACGGUGCCGAUGGAAUCGCAGGGAAUGACCGAAUCGGAACGGCUGUGGCAACACGUUACGGCUGCGAUCCGACGGGACGACCAGGUGGGAGCGACCGAAGAGAAGACCGCCCUGGAGGAAGCGCAGCGAAUUUCGGCUAAGGAACGCAAAGCGACGUGUACGGAGUGGAUUCCGGCACUGUUUCAGCAGGAUCUGGUCACCGGACAGUAUCACUACAAGUACGCAGACCUGCGUCCGUGGGAUCCUCGCAACGAUCUGCGGCAGUACGAGAGUAACUACCGGAUCCAAACGAAGACCCGGCACCAGGCGCCGAUGGUCCGGACGGCUUCCGUUGUCAGCACCGAACCGCUGAGCAUUCUGCAGGCAGAAUCGCGUGGUUCACUUCGAAAGAGCCGCAUGGUCGUCGCCGGGACAGUCCUGAAGACUCGCAAAAUCUCAUCCAACACAUCCACGCCGGAUCUGAACGAUCCCAACUCGGAUUCUAGUCACUCGAAUGAACAUGACAUUAGUAUCUCCAAUACAAGUCUCAGUAAACGCAGGGUAAUGCACACGCUGGACGACAUCAACAAGAAGCUGGAGGAGCACUCGAAGAAACUGUCCAAGCUGCAGCUUGACAUGGACAAGAUCCACUGGGCACCGAAGACGAGCAGCCAUCAUAGUCAAGGCGCAGGACCUCUGUCGCCCACAACCCUCCGGGCGAUUGCCUUCGGGGUGGUCGGACUGCUGAUACAGGUACUGGUGGCGUGGUUCCUCACGAAGCGAUCGCUGGCCAAUGCGAGUGGUGGUGGCGGUGGCGGAAGUUCAACGGGAGGUGACGGCGGUGGUAGCAGUAGUUCGUAAGUGAAGGUCAGUUUCUAGCUAUCGAGCACGAGCAAAAUUCCUGUUUGAAGAACAAUCAUUACAUGAGGGGAAUCGGCGUCUCGAUUCCCUAGACUAGUUUUGGACGUGUUCUGGCACCUGAUACAGGAGGAACGGCGGGUGGUUCGGUAAAAGACGAAAGGGCGGGAGGGACACACAUUGCCUAAAAGGUUGCCAGUGUCGAUAAAUUUUUGGUUUUUGGACGAAAGAAAAUAGCUUGUAAUUCAGCAAUAACGAGUCGGAAUGCUUUUUUCAGUAAGGAAAUAUUUGAAAUAAUAAGAUAAAAUAGUCAAACGUUAGUAUACAAUUACACGUAUAUGUAGGCGAGGCGCUUUUUUAUACACUGAGCUUAUCCCAUGGGUUUCUUUUUGAGGUCUUUCUACACGAGUGGUCGUUCAAUGAAUUUCCUACUUUCAUCUAUGUGAAUCAUUACUUUGAAUAAGUGUUAAUACAUCUUCAUCAUAGCGCUAAGAAAAUGUGAUAAUUUCUAUUUGAUGAAUCUUGUAAAAUAUGUUCUGGUUGAUUGCUUUUGAUUGGUUUUUACGUGGAGUUUUGCUAACAUGGUUUAGGAUGGCUUCAUGAUUUCAGAUCCAAAAUUUUGGGGUCAAGCUUUUUUUAUAUUUCAAAGCAAAUAUUUUGACAGAGCUACAUUGUUUUAGCAGUUUUAAUAUCGACAUUGUUUCGAAAUAUUGACAAAGUUUGGCAUGGCUUUAGCAGCUCUAAUAUCGAAAUUGUAGUACUGUUUAUUUAAUACAGUAAGAACCCGAUUUUGCCAGCCCCAUUUUGCGACAAACAUUUUGCUCUCAUUAUCUUACGGUCACAUUUUAAGCAAUUUAUUAAUAUUUAUCACUAAACUACAGCUGAGAUGCUGAACAUAGAGGGAUAAAAAGUUUGAAAAACUGUUUAAGUUUUUGAAGAGAGCAAAAAAUGUGUUCCGAAAAGGGGCUGACAAAAUCGGAUCACUUAUGUUUUAUGAUUCAACGAAGCUUUCAGUAAAAAAUUACCAAAACCGUUUAGUGACCACAGAGUUGUUCCCAUUUUACGUUGCCAAAAUAUAUGUCACCUUUGCUGCACUCAACAAAGCACUAACAAGGACACAAACCAAAUCCAACCUCAAAUUCUCACCCCCACCUCGCACGAGCUAGCUCACGCGCAUGUCCUCACCUCGAAAGCCAUACAUAACCGUAGGUUACAUUGUUACGUCCAAGUCCAACAGUAAGCUUUGCCAAUUGCGCCAGGAUAAAAGCUACCCCGGAUGGCAACCCGAGCGCCUCUGUGGCACCAAAACUAGCACUAUAUAGGAAAACACAGCUUUCCAUAAAGCACGCCUUCCUGCUUUUAUCCCCGCACCGCAAUCUUAUCUCUAAGCAUUUACAUUCCGCCUAUACUCGGGCUGUUACUAUGUGUAGAGUAGAGGCAGGGACGCUCGCAGAUAAUCGAGCAGCACACUGAGACAAAACGAUCUGCUUAAUUGGCAACAUUACUCACCCCCAUAAAUGAAGAAAUGAACAACCCAAUUAAAACUAACAAUUACACAACUCUUGUAGCUACAUAAUUGCAAACGCAGCUAGUCUAGCUAGUGAAUCCGAUCGUGAUCGCGAUCGCGAUCGAUCGAACAGUUCUUUCUUUUUGCAAAUCUAUCGACCGCAAUACUAUUUCUACUCAUAGAACAACACUGGAACCCACUUUGGAGAACAAUGUUAACAACUGAUUAAAUAUCUAUAGAUCUUUGAACGUGAUAGAGAAGAAGGCGAAUGAUAAAAAAGUAAUACCUCUUAUGAUACUUUAGUCCUUUCGGGAUUCGUUCCGAUUGUUUUUUGUGUCCGGUUUCAUCUUUGUGUCAUUCAUAUCGGUUAUAGAGGCGGUGUAUUAAGUGUUCUACUAUUUUGAGUUAACUAUGUACUACUUUCGUGUGUAUUAGACGGUGUAUAGUGAAACAUGUGCAGUAGAAACGUAAUUUCGAUUAAAACAAAGUGUUUGGAAAGUUUCCUCCCUAUCAAUAUUGAUUGCAAGUUUUGGUGUAUUGUGUAUUUAAAGCGUAAACAAAUCGGAUCUGUAGGUAACGUUUAAUUUACACAAAAGAAUAUUAAUUACUUAUUUGUAUACCCAAACCACGAGUAAUUCCCUCACUAUUUGGUGGUUACGUACUAGGUCAAAGGGGAGGGUAUCGGAACACAGCGCAGUACUAUUAGGUUAUUCAUAAUCAAAUGGCGUUCUUUGGAAGUUUUAAACAAACACGAUUUGUGAGAAUGGUAAGCCAUUAAACGUAAAAUUAAUAAUACAUAUUUCAUAACAAAACGAUUAACAAUCACGGAAAAUGGCUAAAUUAGCAAUGAGAAAAAUUAAUCAUACACAAAUAAUAUAUUGAAUCAAGUUAAAGAACAAAACAUGCUGGCAGUUCCCCAAGUCAAAAUGGGAGCCCAGAAUCGAUAUAAAUUAUAAUUGAAUUGAAUUGUUACUGAAACGAAUACAAAUUAAAAACUGGUUACAUGAAA